UCUCACUGAUGCCCAUUCUCCUCCAUUCGCUUUGCUAGCCAGCUAACACAGUCCCCCAUAGGCCCGUACGUAGCAGCUGCAGGAUAGCUAGGUCCAGUACGUCGUCUCGGGUGAGCUAGAGCAGAUCGAUGGCACUCUCUCGUCGCAUGGCCGCGUCCGCCCUCCUCCUGCUGGUCCUCCUCGUCGCCACAGAGAUGGGGGCGACGACGACCAAGGUGGCGGAGGCGCGGGACUGCCUGUCGCAGAGCUUCAAGUUCAAGGGCGCGUGCCUCAGCAGCAGCAACUGCGCCGCCGUCUGCCACACCGAGAACUUCCCCGACGGCGAGUGCCACAGGCAGCACUUGGAGCUCAAGUGCUUCUGCAAGAGGCCCUGCUAGUCCGCCCCCUCGCCCAGCCCUGCCGGCCAGCGCCGAGACGUCCGAUGCGAUAAUCCGAGCGCGUGCGUCCACGUUCGUCAGUAGUAGUACUCUCUUCGUAUUUCUGUUCCGUGACGUUAGCUAGUUCUGUUCUGUUCGUCCGUGUGUCCCUCUUAGUAUAGAAAUAGAACUAUAAUAAAGUGGAAAACCAAUCCGAGUUAGUUUGUUGAACGCCUGAUUGUGCCUGAUUUGUGUGUGGUGAUGUAAUAAAUAUGCUGGUCAUUUCAGCAUGGAUGGACAUGUGCAAUGCAUCCCCCGUCUCUCUUUCUAUGUGUAAAUAUGAUCGUGUUCAAAGAGAAAUGCUAUUAUUGUGACUA